CCCUUACAGCCUCCUGAUGGCAUUGAAAUGAAUGGGAAUUGUAAGUGACUAUGAGAAAAUCCGUGCCUUUGCUGUAGCAAUAGUAGGUGUUGGUGGAGUUGGCAGUGUGACUGCUGAAAUGCUGACAAGAUGUGGCAUUGGUAAGUUGCUACUCUUUGACUAUGACAAGGUGGAACUGGCCAAUAUAAAUAGACUUUUCUUCCAGCCUCAUCAAGCAGGAUUAAGUAAAGUUCAAGCAGCAGAACAUACUUUGAGGAACAUUAAUCCUGAUGUUCUUUUUGAAGUACACAACUACAGUAUAACAACAGUAGAAAGCUUUGAAUGUUUCAUGAAUAGAAUAAGUAAUGGUGGAUUAGAAGAAGGAAAACCUGUUGACCUAGUUCUUAGCUGUGUGGACAAUUUUGAAGCUCGAAUGACAAUAAAUACAGCUUGUAAUGAGCUUGGACAAACAUGGAUGGAGUCUGGGGUCAGUGAAAAUGCAGUUUCAGGGCAUAUACAGCUCAUAAUUCCUGGAGAAUCUGCUUGUUUUGCGUGUGCUCCACUGCUUGUAGUUGCUGCAAAUAUUGAUGAGAAGACUCUGAAACGAGAAGGUGUUUGUGCAGCCAGUCUUCCUACCACUAUGGGAGUGGUUGCUGGGAUCUUGGUACAAAAUGUGUUAAAGUUUCUGUUAAAUUUUGGUACUGUUAGUUUUUACCUUGGAUACAAUGCAAUGCAGGAUUUUUUCCCUACUAUGUCCAUGAAGCCAAAUCCUCAGUGUGAUGACAGAAAUUGUAUUAAGCAACAGGAAGAAUAUAAGAAAAAGGUAGCAGCACUGCCCACACAGAAGGUUGUUCAAGAAGAGGAAGAGAUAAUACAUGACAACAAUGUGUGGGGUAUUGAGUUGGUACCUGAGGUUUCAGAAGAGGAACUGAAAAGUUCUUCAGGUCCAAUUCCUGACUUACCUGAAGGAAUUACAGUGGUAUAUAGAGUUCCCCCAAAGCAAGAAGAUUCUGUACCUGAAGUAACAGUGGAAGAUUCUGGUGAAAGCUUGGAAGACCUCAUGGCCAAGAUGAAGAACAUGUAAAUAAUGGACUGGCCUGUAUUUUAUUUCCUGUGUCUAAACCUGUUCCCUAGCAAUUAAAAAGAAAAUCAUUUAAAACUUAG